CUUCAGGGAACUCUCGUCAUAAUGCAGAAAAUUAAAUUCAACUGUCAUAAAUUGCAUACUUACUAACCAAGAUGGCUUGUCACUGCAAGUACUUUAUAAAGAUUUUGAACAAAUGCUGCUUCUGCUUCUCGCUGCGCACGGGCACAUUAUUGUUGGGCUGCAUAUUCUUGACCUGGUUCGUUUACCUAUGCCUUGGCAGCGCUUUCAUGAUGCGGUGCAUCUUCCCCAACGAAUAUCAGCGUGAGAUUUUUGGUCCUCCGGCAGCCCCAAAGACAACAAUGGUCUUCUCGUUCUUUGGCAUCAUAGCCGCCUCAAUGGUUUGCAUUGGAGUGCAUAAUAAUAACGAACUGUUGUUUGUGCCAUUUCUGGUGCUCACUCCUUUCUAUAUCUUCGUGCACAUAAUAGCUAUGAUAGUGUAUGCCUGGGUCUGGGUCAUCAUCGCUCUCUUUCUAAUUACAAUAAUUGUUUUAAUCUAUGCCUGGGUGAUAAUCUUCUCCUACUUUUCGGAACUGCGCUAUGCCUACGAUGAUGAGCAGCCACACCACACCUACAUCUAAGACACAAAUUGGUCAAAACGGUUUAUUUAUUUUCUGCAUGUUUUAAUUGAUUUGCUGGAGUAAAAAUUGUUCAAGUGAAUAAUUCGUUUUAGUCGCCAGUCUAAUGAAAGUUUUCCAUUGGAAAAGAGAGUUGCCUACUGUUGUCAAUGGAAAAUUUUUCCGGUCUGUGUGUGUUGGGAAAAUGCUUGCAUG